GCGGGAAAGGAAAGGAUUCCCGGUUGCUCCUGCUGCGCUGCGGGCGGAAGUCUCGGGUUCGAAUCCCGUCCGGAGAAGAGAGGCCUGAGUCGACUACGACUUAUGGCGACCCUAUGAAUCAGCGACCUCCAAGAGCAUCUGUCGUGAACCGCCCUGUUCAGAUCUUGUAAGUUCAGACUUCUACAUUGUGUUUGUAUAGAUCAUUCCUCAAAAUGUCAGUAAAUCCAAUGGUAUACGAGACCCAGUUCUUCGGCUUCACCCCUGAAACGUUCAUGUUGCGGAUACAUGUAGCCUUCCAGGACCAUCUUGCUCACAUGAUGCUACUCGUAGAGGAUGCCAUACUGAAUAAAUUAGAGAGCAUCCGUCCUAAUAAGCUCACGCCUUCCCUAAUUCGGAGGAGCACUGAGCAGUUCCUCUCUUUAAUGAAGAACCGUUUCAACAGCCUCUUUGGCAAAAUGCAAGACACACUUCUGAACGCAGUGUUGCGCAUCCCCAAGAACGUUUUGCUGCCGGAAGACAAAGCUCAAGAGGAGUUCUGCUACACUGUGGAAGAGUUCCAGAGGCUCCAGAACGAGAUCAACCAGCUGGAACGACGACUCAAGGCUGAAGCAUCGGCCGAACGGGCUCUUCAUGCCGAAUUAGAGGAGCAAAAAGGUGUCCAGGCGCACCUGGAAGGGAUCCUCCAGUGGUUUGACAGCCUCAACAACAUAGGCAGAGAAGAGGGGGCCAGCAACCUCAAAGAAAGUCUUUCCGCCUCGUUGAAAACGGCUGUCGAGCUGCAGAGCAUCAUGCGGGAGGUGGAAGAGAAAAUGAACAAGCUGGGGGAAAUGACUGUGUAAGCUUGGGACGGAGAAUGUGCACAGCUCUCCACAGGUUGCUGCACUACCUAUCCCAUCAGCCCCAGCCAGCACAGCCUAUGGUUGGGGACGAUGGGACUUGUGGUCCAACAUGUGGAGGGCCACAGGUUCCCCAUCCCCAGUGAAAGGGCAGCAAAAUCAUAUUAAAAUAAAAAUUAAACUUUCCCCUUGGAGCUGUUUUUUAAUAGUUCAUUCUCAAAGACUGGGAACAGAUCCACUGGGAAACCCAACAAUGGUUGGUUCCAUUGGAUCUUCUCUGCUCUUCUGUCUUAAAGAAGAAAGUAGCUUUUCGUGGACAAGAGAGAGCCUCUCGCCCUGGACGCUGUGAACUGCUCAACGCCCAAGAUCUCAUUUUAGUAGGGGACCGCUCUAAGGCCACCAGAAUCUGUGCGCAAAGCUAUGUAACUGCAUUAUAAAAACUCCAAAACGUUUAA